CCAUGGGGCCUCCCGGGCCCCCGGACCAUUGCGAACACUGCCCCUCUCACCGCCCACUACCCAGAUGCCUUUACAGACUUCCACGGAACGCCAAGCGGGGCUCCCUGCAUCUAUAAAACGAAUCCAGUCUGGCCUAAACGCGAGGGCGGCCUGUUCACGGCCACCCCAUCACACCUGUCUGGCGUGGGUUCCUCGAGGAUGCUCAGGAAUACCUGGAUGCUAAUCUCGGUGUCAAAUUCACCGCGAUCAUGGGCUUUGGCUUCGCCAACGCUGGGGUGAAGACCCCCUUUUGCCCCUUCCUCGUGAUCAUCGGCGUGCCGCCCAACUCUCUCGCCUUUGAUGCCGCAAAGAAGGCCGCCGACCACGUCAAGGGCACGAUCCUGCGCAAGGCCGGCUUCCCCGAGAUCGAUGUCGCUGUCCGAGAGUGGGUGACAAUCCUCUCUGGCCUGGGCCCGAAGCUCAGGUCCCUCAAUCCCCUCAUGGACCUCAUCCCUGAGUUCCGCCAUCCCUUUACGUCCACGCUGGGCCUCUCCAUCGCCACGGCGCAGAUGCCCUACUGUGAGGGCACGGUCGCCCUCUACUUACGCAAGGGCAAUGACAACGACGAGGUCCUCGCCACCACCGCCGCCCAUGUCGUUUGCCCUCCCCCCAUGUGCUCCAACACUGGGGUAAAAGUUCGGAAUGGCUUCCGGCAGCGCGUGGAGAUUAUUGCCCUUGGGAGCAAGGCCUACCAGGAUGCUACCAUCAACAUCAUGUACAGAAUCGGCACCCUCCACGCAAUUAACGACUCGUUGCAGAGCAAGAUCCGUAGGUUGGGCCUGCUCCAGGACACAGACCGGAGGGAUGCCGUGGCGGUUGCCACGAUGCUCCUGUGGGCCGAGCAGGAGGCGGAGUAGACGAAGUGGUACAUCGAAUGCCUGGACCGGCUCCACAGCGACGUGACGAAGCUCAUGAGCAGCCAGCAGCAGCGACCCAUCGGCUUCAUCCACCACGCCGACCCCAUCGGCGCCGCCGACGGACCCAAUGGAUGCACGCUCGACUGGGCCGCUAUCCAACUCUCCAAGGAUGCGCUUGAUUGGGCCAACUUCAAGGGCAACAAGGUGUAUGUCGGUACGUUAUUCUAUCUCGUCUCGUCCCCGAAGUUCCAGUCCCAGGCUAAGUAACUAACCCAUUACUAUUGUCCCGUAGGUGGCAACAUCGGGGUAGGGGAUUAUUGUGAUGUCAUGUUCCCCAACUGCUUGGACCGGGCUGGCUACCAGUACCAGCAGGACGGACUCCUCCAGGUCUGUGAUUUCGUCCAGGAGAGUGAGAUCCGCCAACCUGUGCAACUCAACGCCUAUGGCGAGAAGGCGAUGCCGGUCAUCAAGAAUGGCUUGGCCACGGGCACUACGGUGGGCUGGGUCAAUGGACUUGAGUCUCUCGUUCGCUACUACUCGGGGUGCGAACUCGAGUUCACCGUGUUGGAGACUACCAUCCUGUCCUACGGUAGGCGUGGCAUCUUCUCUGACCGGGGAGACUCGGGUGCCAUUAUCCUCGACAGAGCAGGACGUAUUGUCGCCAUGCUCACCGGUGGUGGCGGCGCAGCCGACGAGACCGACGUUACUUACGGGACCGCAUGGUACGACCUCUGGCCACACAUCAAGAAGACCCUGCCCGGCUGC